AUGUCUACCCAGAGGCCUGGAACCCUUGCCAUUUCAAAGGAAACAGUUAUGCUGGGCUCUCCCAGCAUGGGAGAGCCCAACCCAGCCAUUCUGCACCGCAAACAGGCAUGGGACAGGGCAAGUAGGGGUAGAAUUGAUCGUGCUGGGCUCCCCCAGCAUGGGAGAGCACAACACAAGUGUUCCGCACCUGGAACGGGCGCAAGACCAGGUCCGGCGGACGUGGUAGGUGGGGGCAGUCUGGGCCGAAAGAACUCAACCCAGCGAGUCCAUAUGUGUGCGGAAAAGCAUGGUAACAAUUGGGAUGGGCUCUCCCAGGCAUGGGAGAGCCUCAGCCAAUCGCCACCGUGCUCGGCACAUGGCACAAGGAUGACGUGGGAGAUCAAGGAUGGGUGCUUGGGCGGAAGUCAGCGGUGGCCAGCAGCCUGGGUUGAAUUCUGUCAACCCAGCUGGACGAAACCGUCGUGCAAACACACGGUAAUGGUUGCACUGGGCUCUCCCAGCAUGGGAGAGUCCGUCGCAACCACCACCGUGCGAGACACAUACGGCAGGGGUGAGCGGGUGCGGGACGGGCGGAUAGAGGUUGAGGAGGUGGACGUGGGGCUGAGUUGGCAGAACACCGCCCAGCAGCUUCGCGCAGGCAAACAUUUGCGUGGAAAUGUUCACGCACAACUCUCCCAUGCUGGGAGAGUCGUGUCCCGGGCACGGGACGGGCGGGUAGAGGUGCAUGUGUUGGGUCGCACCCUGGGUGUACAGAUCGUGCCCCAGGGGCUUAGCCCGGCUGGGCGUUCAACUGGAAACAUCGACGCACGACUCUCCCAUCAUGGGAGAGUUGUGCGCGUAUCAUUAUGCGGUGCACGGUUAGCGGUUGCGGGACGGGCAGGUGGAGGUCAAAUCACUACCCAGGGCCAUCAGAUGGCCGCGGAUUCGUGCGCAACCGUUCGUGCAUGA